AGGUCAGGGAACAAGGGAGCAAGGCAGGUGUCCUGGCGGCCCAUCUGACCCCGGCCUGCAGGGAGUGGCGCCCCAGCUCCAAGUGGGGCAGCUGGUGUGGGCAUUUAUCUAGCCAGAUAGUGAGACCUCGGGCAGCUCACUAACCUUUGCUUCCACUACAAAAUGGGGAUAAAUUCAGCACCUGCCUCCCCCAAUGGGGACAAACAGGAUUUGUAAAAGCACUCAGGAUAGUGCACUUAUACCGUGCUCAUACACACUAAAUGGGAAUAUUUGGCCACAGUGCCUGGCACACAGUAGGUGCUGUAUAAAUGCUCCUUCCCUAAGGAUCUGUCUGGCCCUAGUGCCCAGCACACAGUAGGUGCUAUAUAAAUGAUUUUUCCCUCAGGGAGUACUUGGCCAUCUUUAAGAAGACAGUAGCCAUGCACGAGGUGUUCCUCCAGCGCCUGGCUGCCCAUCCCACGCUGCGCCGGGAUCACAAUCUCUAUGUCUUCUUGGAGUACAGCCAAGAUCUGAGUGUUCGGGGGAAGAAUAAGAAGGAGCUGUUUGGGGGGUUUAUCAGGAACAUCGUGAAGUCGGCAGAUGAAGCCCUCAUUACCGGAGUGUCAGGACUGAAGGAGGUGGACGAGUUCUUUGAGCACGAGAGGACCUUCUUGCUGGAGUACCACGCUCGAAUCCGGGAAGCCUGCCUGCGAGCUGACCGCGUCAUGCGCUCCCACAAGUGCUUGGCCGAGGACUACAUCCCCAUCUCCGUGGCGUUGAGCAGCCUGGGCACCCAGGAAGUCAACCAGUUAAAGACGAGCUUUCUAAAACUGGCUGAACUCUUUGAACGUCUGAGGAAGCUGGAGGGCCGGGUGGCCUCCGACGAGGACCUGAAGCUGUCUGACAUGCUCCACUACUACAUGAGGGAUGCCCAAGCAGCCAAGGACCUGCUCUAUCGGCGGCUACGGGCGCUGGCCGACUAUGAGAACGCCAACAAGGCCCUGGACAAAGCCCGGAUGAGGAACCGCGAGGUGCGGUCGGCGGAGACGCACCAGCAGCUGUGCUGCCGCCGCUUCGAGCGCCUCUCGGACUCAGCCAAGCAGGAGCUCACUGACUUUAAGGCUCGCCGGGGCUCUGCUUUCCGAAAGAACCUCAUCGAGUUGGCUGAACUGGAACUCAAACACGCCAAGGCCAGUACGCUUCUUCUAAGAAACACCCUCAUUGCCCUCAAGGGGGAACCCUAGCAUCCUCCCCUACCCCCCAAUCCACAGCCUUCCCUACUCUACUCUGGACACAUGGACCACGAGGGGCCACUGGGGGCGAUGGGCACCCACCACCCCUGACCUAGGAGUGGCCCUCAGCCAGGGCUGCAGGAACAGCCCGGGGGCUUCUGCAGAGUAACUUCCCCGGCCCUCCAGAGGUCAGCCCCAUCCACACCCGUGUAAACUUCCCUUCACUAAUGGAAAUAAAGGUUCCCACUCUGAA